GUCGCUGCAUAUCCCAUAUGCCAUGUAUGCGCUUUUGCGACAGUGGCCGGCUUAUACCUUACAUGGCUUAGCGUUUCUAGUUUUUGUCGAUAUUACUUGUUUACGCACCAGCAGUAUGGCAGCGUCUGACCGCAAGAAAGCACAAAAGUCAGCUCUUAAUAUAAAAAGCCAGAAGGAUUGGCAUACCCUUUGUAGUGAGUACAAUCUUUGCAAGCGCAAGCUGCAAGCUAAGAAGGAUGCGUUACUUAUCCUGGCAGAGGAACUAGACAAUGUACGACAAGAGAAAGAUGCCUUCCGGCUGAUGGCUGAACAGCUGAGAGAGAAAUACCAAGCACUCAAGAAACAGUGUGCAGACAGAGAAAGGGCUUUGGGGUUGUCAUUGAAUGAGAGUGAUCCAUUAUCUGAGAGACGAAACCACAGUUUGGUUCAAGUGUUACGGGAGUCCAGGGAGCAAAACAAGAAGGCAGAAGCCAAAAUCGCAGACUUGGAACAGAAUCUAGCGGAGGCACAAGGAGAUAUCAAGCUUUUGAGAGAGAAUAUAGCAAGACAGAGAAUAGGAGAUGAUGGAAUAGGGACCAGACACUUCCCAGCUCAUGAGAGGGAAGAGCUAGUCAACCAGCUAGAAGCAGCAAGAGAACAGCUGCAGGCAUUAGAACGAGACCUUGUGGCUAAGAUUGAUGAGCAAACGGAGCUAGUUACAGAGAGAGGUUACUUCCGAGAUAAAGCUGACCGUUUGAAUCAGGAACUCAACUAUGUGCUGGGAGGAGACGAGAAGAGAAUAGUGGAUAUUGAUGCACUGACUAUGGAGACUAAGUAUUUGAAGGAGAGAUUAAAGCAAGCACAGGAAGAGAAGAGUGUAGCUCAGGCAGCUGUUGCUAAAUACAAGGCAGCAAUUGAAAGGCGAAGAGGCAAACAUUCUAUCAAGUUAGGCUCAACCAGCAGUGGAGGACUUCUUGUAUCUCCUAAGCAAGUUGAGCAAUUACUCGCUGAGGGUAAGUCUGGUGGUAUUGCUGCAACACCUUCAUCUGUUGCUGACCUGCAGUCCCUGGCUACAGCACUCCUAGAAACCAUACAUGAUAAGAAUAUGGCAGUCAACCAUCAUCGAAAUACAAACAAAAUACUUGGUAAUCGUGUGGCAGAGCUAGAGAAGAAGUUGAAGACGCUUGAGAUAUCUGGACUGUGGAAUCUACCUCCUGGAAGAAAUGCUGCCUUUGUAGCCAGUGAGGUCAAGAACAUGAUGGCUGGUCAGUCCUCACUGGUUCCCCGCCAAGCAUCCAAUGCCAGUGAUGAUUCAAACCUAGCAGGAUUGGAGAGUGGUACCAGUUUACCGGAAUCAUUGGAUUCCAGUACACAGAGUUCUCCCAGUCACUGUCAGAGCAGCUUACAUCUUGGCAAUGAUGAGGAUAAAAACGAUAUGGUGGCACUGAGACAUGGAAAAGAUGCUACUCAUCAGUUGCUACAGGUGGAUGACAUUGGUGAAUUGAUGCAUCAAGCACGUGAUGAUACAGCAUGUGUGCAUUCAGGCAGUAUGGAAUCACCCCUAUCUACGGAUGAUGGUCAUCACUGGCAUGAUACAUUGACAUGUGAACACCGUGCACCAGUGGAGCUACCACCCAGCACAGAGACCGCUGAUAGGCCAGCCACACCCGUCAGCCAUGAUGGAUCUGAGCUAGAUAUGGAGGAACCCAAGGAAUCGGACUCACUACUAGAUCAAGCCAUGGCAGACUCACCUAGAUUGGGUACUGACUCUUCCUUGGAUCUGGACCCUGAACUCCCAUCAGCUGAUAGACUGUAUCAUGAUGAGAGGACUGACAUGACAGAACUGUCUGGUUCUGUAGAUGAACUUGAAUGCUUGAAUCAGGAAGAGCUAGAUAACAGUGACAUUGAACUACCAUCUUAUCAUACAUCAAACAUGCCAACUAUGCCCACUGAGCUACAGGAGAGCUUAGACACAGUGGGAGAUUUGCUGGAGACUGUUUCAGAUAAACUAUCCUGUAGAAGUCGAGAGUUACUGCCUCCUAGGGAGUCUGAUACCUCAUCUCCAGGAUCUGGAUCCCCAUUGUUAUCCAGAGAUAGACAGGUACCUGUUGACAAGUCAAUACGAGCACAUACCAUUGGUCCUGUAGACACUGCUCCACAUUGUGUCUAAAAAACCCUCCAUAAUAAUAUUAGAGUGUUAUUUAAAGUACUAUAUUUAUUGCCCAAAAUGCUGUCCAAAUGGCAGUUUCUAUGGAAAGCAGAAUAUAACAAUGUAUAUAUUUAUUUAAAAAUCUUAUUUUGUUUUCUUUUAUCAGGCAAAAAGGUAAUAUUGGAAAUAGUUUUCAUUCUUUUGUCAGAGUUGUAAUUGAGUUAUCUUCAAGUCAAAGCCCAAGUCAAAUCACAAGUAAUACGAGGUGAUCAAUGACAAGAAGAAUGUAUGUCUCAAAGUUCAUUUGAAUAGUUUGUCACUUUACUUGAGACUGGACAUGUGAUGUACGUGACUAGGGAAGUGACAUUUACACGUUUAAAUGAUUAUAAACGAAAACAAUUCAAAAUCCGUUUACAAAUAUUGCAAAACGAUUAAACGAAACCUGAAUUGUAAAAAAGGGACCUACAUUCACAUGAUGUUUAACAUGCGUUUAACAUACAUAGCGUAAGUUAUUAAUGAUGUUUUCAAACCUAUUUAAUUUACAAAACCUGAGAAGCAGUGCAAUACUUGAUUACACAUUUGGGGUAUACGUAGGCCUUGUUAAGUUUUUCAAAAGCUUAAGGCUUUGACUGCCAUUGUUGAUUUAUCAUGUCAAUGACGCCGGUCUGCAGACAUAAUGAACGUGCGUCGGCCUUUGUGAAUGGCUAUACGUUUAAAUGGUUCUUGAAAUAUUCUUGAACGUUUACAAAAUUAAAUGCAAGGUCACAUCCUUAGAUGUGACUUGUGUUUGUCCUGUCACUUGUGAUGACUUGUGAUGACAUGAUAACAACUCUGGCUUCUUUGGUGCAUUGGUGAGACCAUUUCAUGUCUUAUUACUUAUAACCAUAUGACACAAGUCUUGGUCUUGAGUUUCUUAAUGCUCAACUUGCCCAGAUUAUUGAGAGCAGUGUGUGGAUGUGGUUUGCAUGAACUUAAUGCUGAAUACAAUGUAGCUCUGCCUCCAUAUUUCAUCUGGAUUCUGAAUUAUCUGCUAAUACAUGAAUUGUUCAAACUGUAUUCCAAAGUAAUGUUGUCAAAUUCCUUAAAAAGCAAGGUACAUGUACAGUAUGUGAAAAAGAAAAGUGUUUGUA